AUGAGUGGCCCACUCGAUCCUUUUACACGUUCCACCUACGAACACUUGACUGUGGCAGAGGAUGAGCUCAAGAAUAUGUCUACGGACGAGAUAGAGAAGGCUUUAAGUAAAGUUCGUCUUUCAAGCAGAGCCGUCGUUAAGAUGUCAAGGUCAAAGGAUGAGGCCAACUUCUUGAUUCAUGGAAGCCCACAGGAAAUGAAGAGAGCUAGAAACCUUAUACGAACACAGUUUGAACGUAAACGUCCCGUUACCACAAUCACAUUCGAAAUCCCCACGAGAAGACGUAGCGCCGUGGUGGGACCAAAAGGGAGCACAGCGAGGUCCAUCAAAAGAAAGCACAAUGUGGAGAUCACAAUUGCUCGCAAGCGCUUUCAACCACACUAUUCAUACAGUAUCCCUGAGGAAAUAAGAUACGAUGAUUUAGUUUGGAGGCGUAUGAAUGGCAUUAACUUUGCCCCUACAGUACAAGUGAACGUGACAGGCAACGAGACAGAUUGUUUAGGAGCAAAGGCCCUGAUCUCGGAGAUAGUGUUGCUAGAGGUUGAGGAUUGGUGUUAUUUCCCACACGGAAUUGGACUUUGUGCUGAUAUGGCGAUGGAAAAGGUUAAAGAGUGUCUUGGGGAUUCGAUUCGUCUUGGUCGUUAUUUUGGGUGCUCCAACAAAGUAGCAGUGCAAGGCGACAAGGAUUUAGUUUCUGAGGCGAUGAGAACCCUCCGCUCGUAUGCAAACCUCUUUUGUGAUUCGGUGAUUGUUCCGUAUGCAUUUAGAGAGAGGGACUUUCAGAGCUGUACUCAGAAUGUCGACAUUUGCUCCGUUCAUGAAAAUGGAACUGAGAAGAGGAUCUUUAUCAAGGGUCAUGAAUCAGAUGUUAUCCUGACUCGAGAAAAGAUUUCCAAAUGCAUUGCUACGUAUUUCUCUCAGAGAUUAGUGUUGGCAGACCUUCAUGGUGGAAAUAUCGAGCAUGUUAAAAUGUUAUUGUCGCUCGAUGAUGUAAGAUACAAAUUCUCCUGCUGCUGUCUCGAUAAUAACGUUGUAGGAGAGUUGCCAAGUAGUGGCGAUUUGUAUGACGUUGAGUUUAUCGAGGUAUUUGGACCUAUAAAGCUCGAUGUGACAUUAGCGAUCCGUCAAUUACAGUCCAUCCUAAAAAGAAUGAAGCCAAGUGACUUUUACUUCUGCUCAGACGAAAAGCUUAUCUGGAAAUUACAAGUAAAAUGGAACCUCUUCAACAGAGCGCUUUCAGAUGAUACGAUGACUGCUGUUGUGUCAAAUGGUACCUUGCUACUUUAUGGGAAGCAUUUAUCAUGUGGACAUGCAUCCCAGUUGCCUUCAAAUAUUGAGCGUGAAAAGGCUUUUGAGUCGUUGAGGCAGUGGGCAGGUGCUAGGUCAAAAGUUGUUCUAGAUGUGCCAUUAAAAUAUCAAGCACUUCUCGAACUCAACUUUGUCAUGGCUGCCAUUAAUGGUGAUCCUUUUGAAUGCAAAAUCUUUUUCCGUCACGACGGAGUGAGGUAUUGUAAGGACAAGAUAACUUUGUUUGGCACAAAUGAAAGGGUCGAAAAAACCGUCGCUCUUGUGAAACUGAUUUUGCAGAGUGAGGAAGAACAGGGGAUAUGUACCGAAGUUAUAGAAGUACCGUCUCGGGUGGUGCCUGCUAUAAGCUAUGAUUCUCGGGUCAUUGAUCGUUUCGAAUAUGGCGUAAAGCCACACAUUGUCAGGAAAGACGGCCUACCCAACCGACCAACCUGGUUGACGAGCGCCUCGGACGUAUCUCUUGUCACCCUCAAAGGUAACCGGGUCUUGGUUGAUGCUUACAAGAAAGACAUUCUAGACAAUUGGUCUCCACAUGUGAUUUCUGAGAUGGAUUAA